CGGUGGUGCUGAUGUCCAUGCACCCGGGAGAAAGGCUUCUGCGGCUGUUGAUUCUUCGCUGAAGGGGAUGUCCCUCGGUGCAGGGGGCCGUGUCGGAGCAGAAGGCCGCGAUGGGCGGGAAUGGGGGUGGCGAGGGGUACGGGCGGCCUGUCGUCAGUGCCGUUUCCGACUCCCGAGGGCCCGUGUCUUGCGGUGACCUCUGAAGAUGGUUCGCUAUUCGCUUGACCCAGAAAACCCUACGAAAUCAUGCAAAUCAAGAGGCUCAAAUCUUCGUGUUCACUUUAAGAACACACGUGAAACUGCUCAGGCCAUCAAGGGUAUGCAUAUCCGAAAAGCCACCAAGUAUCUGAAAGACGUCACUUUGCAGAAGCAGUGUGUGCCAUUCCGUCGCUACAAUGGUGGAGUUGGUCGGUGUGCCCAGGCCAAACAGUGGGGCUGGACACAGGGUCGGUGGCCCAAGAAGAGUGCUGAAUUUUUACUGCACAUGCUUAAAAAUGCAGAGAGUAAUGCUGAACUUAAGGGUUUAGAUGUCGAUUCUCUGGUCAUUGAGCACAUCCAAGUGAACAAAGCCCCCAAGAUGCGGCGUAGAACGUAUAGGGCUCAUGGUCGGAUUAACCCAUACAUGAGCUCUCCCUGCCACAUCGAGAUGAUCCUUACUGAGAAAGAGCAGAUUGUUCCGAAACCAGAAGAGGAGGUUGCACAGAAGAAAAAGAUAUCCCAGAAGAAACUGAAGAAACAAAAACUUAUGGCCCGGGAGUAAAUUCUGCACAGAAUAAAUGCAAAUAAAAAGAGAAUGUUGGUGUCUUUUAUUAAACAUAUUUCGAGUAUCCUCA